GCAGGUGUCGGCCAGCCUGAAGCUACGGGAGAAGGUGGAGGCUCGCAGGGAGAUGGUGCGGGAGAUCCUGAUGGCUCUGGGUUUACUGGACUGCGCUAAAACCAGAACGUCUCACCUGUCGGGGGGUCAGAGGAAGAGACUGGCCAUCGCUCUGGAGCUCGUCAACAAUCCUCCGGUCAUGUUCUUCGAUGAGCCCACCAGCGGUCUGGACAGCUCGUCCUGUUUCCAGGUGGUGUCUCUGCUAAAGGCUCUGGCUCAGGGGGGGCGGACCGUCAUCUGCACCAUCCACCAACCCAGCGCCAAACUGUUCGAGCUCUUCGAUAAGGUGCUCAAGAGAACGCAGGAAAACAUCGGCUGAC